AUGUCUUCUCGCAGAAGAACGUCGAUCAGCCAGCUACUGAACCCCGCUUCUCCUGACCCUUCUACUCAGCGCCAGCAACUCCAGGCCCCGCCCGAGCCAGCCCCCCACCCGCAUCAGCCAUAUCCGCAACAGCAUGUCUAUCCGUAUCCAUACCCGCUGUACCCGGACCCGAACUGGCAUGCACCUUACUGUAUCUUACCGCCACAUUAUUACCCGGGUCCCCAGCCACCCCCGUCCACGCCCAUAAGCGAGCAGCCAUCGCCCUCUCAUACGCGCGCAUCAACACCUACCGGCUACCCCUCAGCACCAAGACCUGAUUACUAUCGUGGGGAACCCCCGCCUCCGUUUCCUCAGCAUCCCCCACCCUUCCCUGUGUACGGACAUCCUCCAGGUUUCGCUGUCGCCCAGCAUCACCAUCUCCGUCAGCAUGCGUAUCCUCCUCCACACAUGUAUCCUAUAUACUACCCUCCGCCCAUGAGCAUAAUAUACGCCGCGCCCAUCAACUACCCUGGCUACCCCUCCCAAGGCCCUUCUGCACUUCCGGCACCUCAGCACCCGCCCACCUCCGGGAAGAGGUCUCCUUCCAACAGUGGCGAUGAGGCACCCCCGAAGCAGAAACAGAAACGAUCCAAGAGUAAAGGAAGGGGGAAAGCGGGCGGCCCCGACGUUCCUGCGCCUGUAGACGUCGGUACAGAUCAGGGAGCGACCGACGCACCGUCAGACAUUCAGGACCCGACAGUCCCCGUUGGCCCCUUACACCCGGAGCUACAACUCGCGCGCUGCAUGUCACCUCGUUACCGCACGUCCCCUUAUCCCCGAUGUGUAGCUUGUACACGCCGCUGGGCGGGCGAUACCUGUCGGUUCCAAGGCCUCCGUGUCUUUCUUCGCGACGCGCAGGGUACCUUCCGCGGCGUAACCUUCGUGGAGGCGCGCCCGAAACCAGACCCUUCCGCCCCAGAUGCCCUCUCGGCAUCUGCUGUCGCGUCUUCAGAGAGUGAUUCCGAGCCACUGACGGCAGCCCGACUUCCAGAUGUUACCCGACUCCCUACGACCUGGAAUCGGCCUAUGGGGCGCGCUGAACGGAGAAGGGUAAUGGAGGUUGUUGCGCGGUCACUCAUCGAGGUGCUUGAGUCGGAGCUCAUCCACCUGCGGCAGGACGGAUGUAUGCGGCGUUCGAAAAGCAGCGACGUGCGCCCAACGUGUGACAUGUGCCAAACCGCACUCUUCGCAUUGACACAUAUAUGCCGUCUCUGUGGUCGUGAAGCCUGCCCUUCGUGCUUCGCGAAUAUACGCGCUCUCACACCUCGCGCAGACGCGACAGUGGAGCAACAGGCAGACCGUGAAGCGCGCGCGCGCGCCAAUCCGGUAUAUCUUACUUGCAUGCGACGCGGCGAGCACGGGGCGGCUGACUUUGGGCCGAUUACCCGUUUUGAGGAGAAAGAGCUUGUCGUGGUUGUCGAGGGAAUGAAGAGAUUCCUACAGGAGAUCGAAGAGGAGAAGAAGUCACUACGGGAUUCGGCCAAGAACGAGGACGAAGGUGCAAAGUCGGUCCACCGGACUACGGUACUUCGCCCUACGAACCGUCCAGCUGAGAACCCCUCUCCGCGUCAACCACCGCUCAUACAACCUCAACCUCUGCCAGUCCCCGUCGAUCAUGUCGCCGAGGGUGGAAACUCCGAUUCUACGUCCGAUCCGUCUAUCAAUCCAACAACCGCUGUGCCCUUGCCUCCUGACACCAUUCCCUCACGCCCCAUAGCUCGCUAUGCAGAAGGAGAGCUAUCAGAACCCGCCUUUUGUGCACUGCUCGCGAGCGGCACUCCGAUCGUUGUGUCGCUUGAUCCAGCGCGCUUUGCAUCGUUCACGCCAGCUUGGUUCCGCGAGAAGUAUGGCGGGGCACCGUGUGCGGUCGUGGAAACACAAACCGACUCUGCCUCUCGCGGCACCGUCGCCGACUUUUUCGCACGCUUUGGCUCGUCUUCUCCCUCGCGCACGACGCCAGAGGACACCGCCACAAACGGCAAUGCGAAUAAGGAGAAUAGUGGCACAAAUGCGGAUGCGGAGAACGCGAACCCCGUGUCGGGCACGCGAGCCGUAAAACUCAAGGAUUGGCCUCCACCGGGCGGUGCUGGAUUUCGCUCCGCCGUGCCGGAGCUCUGGGACGCGCUACAACGAGGCCUACCCCUGGGGAGCUUCUGUCGGCGCGACGGCGUGCUAAACCUCGCUUCGCACUUCCCGUCCUCUACAAAUGGUCGUGGUCCCGAACUCGGCCCUAAACUGUACACCGCGACGAAGACGCAUACUGGCGCUGGCUCUAGAGGUAGCACGCGUUUGCACCUAGACGCAGCAGACGGUGUGAAUCUGCUGCUGCAUGCUGAACCGGCCCCCGGUGGCUCUCCGGGUGGCGCCGUGUGGGAUCUAUUCCGGGCAGAGGACGCGGAUAUUGUGCGCCGGUUCCUCGCGCGCCGUGCAGGGGAGAAGGGCGCAGACAAGGAUCCAUUACUCGCGGGCGCCAUCUACCUUGAUCACGAGCUGCGACACGCUCUGUGGACCGAACACGGUGUGACAAGUCAUCGCACUGUGCAGCGCGCAGGCGAAGCGGUAUUCAUCCCUGCUGGCGUCGCUCAUCAGGUUGCGAACGUUUCGGACUGUAUCAAGGUCGCGGUCGACUUCGUGAGCCCAGAGGGUAUUGGACGCUGCGAAGAGUUGAUGCGAGCAUGCCGCGCACAGAACCAAGGUCCCGCUUGGCACGAAGACGGACUGAGGCUGAGGGAGAUGAUGUGGUAUGCGUGGGUGAACUGCGCACGAAUGGAGGAGGCAGACACUGGGAGCUGA